AUGUCCCACCAGGAAUAUGGCAGUUCUACUCAUUCGUCAGAGGAAGAGGAACAGAAGAAUAGAAGCUUAAGUGAAUACUACUUUGCAGUGAAAGGCUUUGCUGUACUAUUACCCAAAAAUGAAUGCCAGCUGGGUAGAGGAAGACGGACAACCAAAGCCCCUCCUGAUAUCCAGGCACACCUGCAGUUGAUGCUGCACUUGCUCUGUCAAGGGGACACACUUCACAUGGCUGUCCGCUUGGAGUCACAACACGCUGGUCGUGUGCGGUACUUGAGUGUGGUGGGUAGGAUGGGACGGCAGGAUACUGAAGAAGAUUGUUUAUUAGGCAUAGAUUUUAGUACAGAAAAACCAUCCAUUGGUCUGGUAGUUCCUGUUCUGGCAGACACAAUGAUAAAUUUAGAUGGUGAUGGUGGAUUCAGUGUAAGCACAGGAGGGAGGAAACACAUCUUUAAGCCUAUCUCCGUACAAGCAAUGUGGUCAGCGCUUCAGACCCUCCACAAAUCCAGUUCCAAGGCUCAGGACGCCCACUAUUUCCUCGGCGGCCUCAACCAUGAUUGGGUGGGCUACUACGAGCGGGGCGUGGCCUCCGACCAGUCCUGCAUCAAUGAGUGGAAUGCUAUGGAUAGCCUCGAAUCCAAGCGACCCCCCUCGCCUGACUCUCUUACAGACAAAGAAGAGACGCAGCUCCUCAUCCGUAAUAAACUGAAGGAAAUUAUGAUGAGUGUGGACAUCGAUGAGGUCACAUCCAAAUACAUCCGACAAAGGCUAGAGGAAGAUCUAGCCAUGGACCUUUAUAAAUUUAAGUCAUACAUUGACCAGGAGAUGAUGACCAUCCUGGGCCAGAUGGAUGCUGCAACAGAGAUCUUCCCUCAUGUGUACUUAGGAUCUGAGUGGAAUGCUUCAAAUCUGGAGGAAUUGCAGAAUAAUGGGGUGGGUUAUAUACUCAAUGUAACCAAGGAAAUAGAUAAUUUCUAUCCUGGAACAUUUGACUACCUCAACAUUCGAGUUUACGAUGAUGAGAAGACAGAACUCCUUAAACACUGGGACCGCACCUUUAGAUAUAUUGCACAAGUCAAAGAGAAAGGGUCAAAGGUCCUGGUACACUGCAAGAUGGGCAUCAGCAGGUCUGCCUCAGUAGUCAUUGCAUAUGCUAUGAAAGCUUUCAACAUGAGUCUGGAAGAAGCUCUUUCGCUUGUGAAGAAGAAGAGAAGCUGCAUCAAACCUAAUAAGGCUUUCUGUGGUCAACUGAAGACUUAUGAGGGUAUUCUUGAUGCCAGUAGGCAACGACAUAACAUUCUGUGGCGCAGCAAAUCUGAGACAAAUCUCAAGUCUACCUCAGCACAAGCCAAUCGACCAACUCAAACAAACCAUGAAAACAAUAAUUUAUCUCUUAAUGAUAAUGUAGACAGCAGCAACAAUAAUGAUAAUAGACAUAAAAGCUCAGAGGAGCUAACUGCAUAUGAAACUACUUAUAGGGCCUUAACUGUGCGCAUUCCAUCUCCCUGCAAUGGAGAUGAAGUGAGACGCCCAAAGUCAUGGUCACCAGAUGAUCACACAGCUGGACUGUUGUUUCCUCAAGAUUCUGACCAAGGUGGGAGUGACUUUGGAGACUCAUGGCGCCGAUCUCAAUCACUUAAUACACAGUCUUGGCGAGCACAUGUAACAGUGCAGCAGAGGGACUUAAGAGAUAUUGGCACAGAGGGAUCACCAGUGGAAGACAAUGAGAGUGAUUUUCCUGAGGCAGUAGUGGAAGCUGUUAACCCACUAUAUUCUGAUAAUUCAUCUGAAAGUACGAUUAAUGAAGUUUCUGGACUCCAGCUGUCAUCAUCAGUCAAAGAUAGGAUCAAUGAGUUUGAAAGUGUACAAACUGUAAGUCAAGCUACAGUGAAAAAAUCCCAGAAUGGAAAGAAAGGGGAGGUUGUACAGUUACAAAAUACCACCACAUCAAGUGAUGAUUUCAGUGACCAGUCAAGCACAGCUGAAUUAGAAAAAGCUAUAGAAACCUUUCUCUCCCCAGGCAUUGAAGACCUGCAGGGUAGUGAGCCAGUAGUUUCACAAACUAAGCCAGCUGCUCAGAAGCUUCAGGCUGUUUUAGUACCAUCACAUCUUUGGCAAGAGGAAUGUUCAGAAAUAGAAGAAAGUGUGGAUCCUAUGGAGAGUCCUGUAGGUGUGCCAAAAGAAGCCAUUACCUGGCCAGCAGGCAUAGUUAAAAGGCAGAAGCAAGACUUUGAAGAGAAGGUAAAAAUGACUGAUUCUAAGACAGUUCCUAGUUGCAAAGAGCUUGAUUCACCACUAUCGAGGCAGAGUUCUUCUAGUUCAUUAAGUAGUCAAUUUCAGAGGGUAGAAGUUGUUAGGUCCCCCAGUUAUGGACGUCAAGAUUCGGUUGGAUCGGACUCUGUAAAGAAGGAUGACCCGUUUUCUGCUAAGCUUGAUAAAGUGUUUGAUCGUGAGGAGAGAAAACAGCAGAGACUGAGCACAGUUAGUCCCUUAAUUGGGGAAGUAAAAGAGACUCCAUCUCGCAACAGUUCAUGGGGUUCCUUUGACAGUGCUGUAGUGUUAGCAGACAGAGACUUUCCCUCAAGGCAGAGUUCAUGGGGGUCCUGUGACACAAGAGGAACAGCAGGCACUAUAGCCUCUAGAAAUAGUUCUUUUGGCCCCUAUGAUAUUAAGCAACAGCCUCUUCGAGAAGAUCCAGAGUCGGUAGUGCCAAUAAGUAACAUAACAGGAACCUACUUUGAAAAGGACUGUGGGCCAUUUUCUCCAGGAACUAUCAGAAGAAACCGGAGUAAAAAUUCUGAAACCAAGGAAGGCAUUGUUGAUGAUGUUAAGAUGCAAUCUAGUGAACCAGAAGAAAUUGAGGAUGCCGUGAUGGAAGAUUUGCCUCAAUACAAACCAGUUGCAAAUGUUAAGGCUUAUGGCCCUGCUCCUUAUAAAAGUCCUGUAGAAAGAGUUCCGCCAACAGACCUUAAUGAUGAAGGAAUGGAAGAAACCCCUGAAGGAUUAGAUUGUCAUAAAAAUACUCUUAGUGUACCUGUUCACAUUCCAGAUAGUACAAAUCCUUCAGCUUCUGACAAGUCCCAAUCCAUUAUAAUUAGCCCUGGUGCACCUCUUGGACAAAGCAUAAGCCCUAUGUCUGAUAUAGAAAUUUCAAGUGAGAAGAGUGUAUUCAACAAAACUAGCCCAGUAACAGAGGAUGAAGUUCCUGUUCCAGGCACAGUCAAACAGCAUAAGCAGCUACUUGAGAGCAGGACAGAAGGAAUUGAAAAAGAAAAACUUGUAACACCAAAUUACAAUCGUUCUCAGAGUUAUUCUACACCUGAUACUGAGAAGAAAGAAACAAGUCCAACAAGCCAACUUAGUCGAAGUUUUUCAGAAAAAAGAGCAAAAUUUGAAGGGCAACUAGAAGGUGAAACAGAAGAAGGCAAAGUAAAAAAAAUAACUCGAGCCCUUGAACAACAAAAAUAUGAUGAAAAAUUCCAGCAACUCAGAAUAAAAGGUAUUAGGAAAAGAUCUCAUAGUCUUGAGCGCCUUAGCACAUCACCUACCUCUCCAGGUUGCUCUACACAGCAAUUUCUUGAUCAGCUAUUUGACCAGACUCAAGCUGAAGUUAGAGAGCUAGAGGAAGAUUUACCUAGUGAAGAGAUUUGUGUGAAAAGUUUAGUUGGAAAAUUUGAAGAUUCUCAAGACAAAAUGCAAUACAAGGUUCAGACUAGGAAUGUUAGAGCCAAGUCUGACAGUUCAACUCCAGACAAGUUCCUACCACCUGUUCCUCAAAGAAAAUCCAGUCUAGACUAUAAUUUCAAACCAAAUCUUCGAGCACAAUCCCAACCACCCCCUACUCCCCUAAGGUCAUCAGCAUCAGGAAGCAGUCUUUCUCCUGUUGUGAAAGUGCCCAUCCACAAGCCACCACCUGGAGGACGUGGCCAGACAUGUGGGGUUGAAGUGCGGCAAAAGAAACAACAAGGAAAAACGCAUCCUUUAACAAAGUUAACAAGAGCAAAUAGGGAGAAUUACCACACUAUGUAACUUAUUUGAUUUUUAAUUUUUAUUAUUAUUUUUUUUUUCUUUAACAUUUUGUUGAGGAUGCUGAUAUGAAUGCUUCCAUCUGUGAAAUCCUCUUAUUUGUGAUACGUAGACUAAGGUUAACAUUUGCCACUUUCAGACGAGGCACAGAUACCCAAAUAGUAAGAAUGUUGCUUUAUUUGCAUAUAAAUGAACGAAUCUCAUCAAGAGAUGUUUUGCUGUAAGUGGCCACGAACUUCCAGAUAACUUUUGUGCCUCUUCAAUAGAUCAUGUCUGCUAGUUCAUGGGAAAUGACAAAGAAAAAAAAUCAUACACAAAAACACAUACAGUCUUAAAAUAUGUAAUUACUAGAAAUUUGUCAUCAUUAAAUCCCAUGAAUGGCAGGUACUAGCUAUGUGGUUCUUCCUGGUAUCUUAAUUACAUCACUAGUCGUCAAAGUAGGACCAUAAUUCAGGACAUGACAGAAGUGUGUGCUGCGUUAGAAUGACAUAAGUAAGAAUUCUGAAGCCUCAUUAAUGUCUGUUUAAGUAAUGCCAAGGGUAUAAGAAAGUAAGAGUAUUCAUUUCUAUUACUUUAAUAACUACCUUGCAUUCACAGUAUCCUGUGUAAAAAAUAUGUAUUUAAAAAGUAAUCAUGCAAAGAUAAAAAAAGAAAAAAAAAUCCAGCUGUCAGGAAAACCUGUAUGACCUUUUUCAGUAGUGUGAAUGCAGUGUGGAACACUCAGCACCACCUGUUUUUUAUGGUGUUGCUUCAGAAUUUGGGCAGUAGUUCCCUUCCUCAUACUGGUUUCUUCCAAUUUGAGGAAAUAAAUCUUGUGCAACUUAAGUAGUGCAUAACUCGUCAUUUUCAUAUGAGUGUGCUAGUCCCUGCUUCUACUUCUAUUUUCUAGUCUAGCUUCCACCUGUUACCCCAUUCUUAAAAGAUGUUAAAUCGUUAGUAGUCUGUGUCUUUUUUUUCCAUGACAUCAAGUGUCUGGCAUGAAUGUUUGAAAUUUAUGCAUUGUUGUAUUCACAAAUUGUAUAUUCAGUGAAUUUACACCUAGGCUUGUUGGGCACCAGAUAACAGUCUGCCAUAUUUUAAUAGUUCUCAUUAUGUUGACAGUUUGAACUUCAGUUUCCAUCACAGUAUCUAGUGUCAUAGAUAUGUGAUUGUGAUGUGCCAGCAUGUUUAUGUCCCAUAAAUGACAGGUUGAUAAUAGCCAGUGAUGUAUGUUAAAUUAAUGUCAUACAUGUAAUGCAAGAAUUGUUAUUUGCAAGGAGUAAAAAAAAAAAAUAGAAUCUGACUUUUCUGCUAUUUUAUGGCUGGUGUCAGUAGACAUUCCUCCUUUUUGCUCAAUUAAGAUGACUUGCACUACUUAGUGUCAUCCCCCUGUGUGUUAAGUUUAUGAAUGUGUACUUGACCAGUUAAAAUAUAUACCAUUUUAAUAUUGUUUGUCAUACAGCUAAAGAUAUUUAAUUGCUGCUUGAUGGACACUUUGUACACCAAUUAUUAUACUUAUCCUUUUAUCCCUUUUAAUUGUAAUUUGUUCAUGUCAAACAGUCUAUGAAUAAUAGUCAACAAAUUUUGUGUGUGGAUGUGUGUGUUUGCUUGUGUGGAUGUUUGCAUGUGUGUGUAUAUAUAUACACAUAAUGGUGCAGUAUGUGUAAAUGAUGCAUGGAGAAAGACCUUACCUAGGCCACCUGGUCCCAGUGUUACCACUAUCAUUGCAAACACAACAUUCUUUGCUGUCACUUACUUGCUCGCAGCCUUUAUAAAAUGAAGUAUGUAUAUAAUCUCUGAUUGUAACUUCCUUGUCAUAAUGAUAUUGGUGAUUUACAAUGUAAUUUAUGUAUAACAGUGGUGUGCUAUAUUUUGUAUAUAAUUUGUACAAGAAUCUAAUUUAUGAUAAUAAAAUAAAAUUGAAACCA